AUGGUUUAUUGGAAGAAACUUCUGCCACCAUACUAUAAAUAUUCCGUUUUUCUAUUCGUCGGUUUCGAAUUCAUCUAUUCAGCUGUUGUACUGGCUAUUAGCGAAGCCUACUACAAGUCAGCUGCUCUUGUACUGCCUAUUGCUUAUGAGAUUUUCGAUGACACAGUUCAGAAGCAAGUUCCUGAUUUCGAUUGGACCCCAGCUGAAAAACAUCAGCUCGAAAUGUAUAUGACCAAAAUGUUAUUUAUGUGGGCGAUUUCAACUGUAGGUGUCAUAGUAUGCAUGCUCAUUAUUAUUCCACAGUUCUUCGAUUUCAAUGACAAACGUGGCAAUCCCAGUCAUUUGUGUCUUGUUCGUAGAAAAAUUGGAUGGGCUCUCUUCUAUAUUGUUGCUAUCUACGUUUUAGUCUUAGGGCUAUCCGUCUAUUGGGCUUGGCUCGAUUGCGGCAAAGCUGUUCAGAGCUUCCACGAUCACUUCACGAAAUCAGAAAAAGAAGAACAGUUCCUUACAAUACUCGAAGAAAAGUUGGAAUGUACAACUGAUGAUGAUAAGGAGGUUCCUGCAUCGCAUUUAUGUGAGCAGAAUAUCCGGAUGAGUUUCAUUUCUGAUCUUUGGAUCGACCUUCUCUUCUACACGUAUGUAGCUGGACACAGUAUUGCUUUCUUAGCCAUACCAUUCUUCAACAAACAAUUGAUCAAACCCGAUGAUGAUGACAUUUUCGUCACUGAUGACAAGAAAUUGAUCGAAGCUUAG